AUGCCUUUUCUUGGACAGGAUUGGAGGUCCCCCGGUCAGAGCUGGGUUAAAACUGAAGAGGGAUGGAAAAAUUAUUCUUCAGACGACAAAAACAGCAAUGACUCAGACGUGAGGUCAGUAUCCGUGCUUCCUGAUACAUUUUGGCUUGCGUAGCAUCAACACCAGUUAGUGAAAUGGAGAACAACUGAAGUGCGCCAUCAAGUUAUCCAAGGAAUUUUCCCAUGAAAUGCUGAGAGAGAGAGAGAGAGAGAGAGAGAGAGAGAGAGAGAGAGAGAGAGAGAGAGGAACUUCUGAGUGUAAUGUUUACUGUAAAUUGUUAUUGUUUAUUUCACUUUUGUUUACUAUCUACUUCACUUGCUUUGGCAAUAUUAACAUAUGUUUCCCAUGCCAAUAAAGCCCUUGAAUUGAAUUGAGAGAGAGAGAGAAUUUGACAUCCAGUCUACCUCUAAAAUAAGUGAUAAAUAGAUAGGUUUCUAUCAAUUUAUCACUUAUCUGACGUUCCUCACAAUACAGUAUUUGCUAUUGCUGUUAUACUAUGGCUAAGCGGGAGACAGCGAUUGUUGUUAUUGCGUCUUUGAGCCUGUGUUCCUACUCGUUAAUCAUUGUGCUAUAAAUAACUACUGUACAAGUUAUGGGAUUAGUAGACAUCUGUUGGAUUUACAGUGUGUCCUGACUCCAGGCAAUAUUAAGUCAACUAUAGGCCCACCUUUUGGAAAACAUAGUAUCAUCUCAAAUGAGCCAUUUAAACAUUUCAUACAAUGAUAAACUCAGCGUUUUUUUUUAAGUACCGGUACAUAAGUUUAGCUUUUGUACACCAGAUGUGUAACUGGAUGUGUGGUCCGUCUUCCAGCUAUUGCAAACCAGAGGAAGAGUGCUUCCAGGAGAAUGUGCUGCUGGCAUACGACAUGGCAGUUAAGAAGAGAAGGAAAGACUUCAUGAACAACAACACAAAGAUUCCUUGUAAUUGAAUCUACAGUAUAGACCGGGCAAUUACACAACAAAUGCCCACUGCACAGUGAUGCACAGUACUUUUCAUGAACGUCCUCAGUAACACAGUCUCCUUUCCCUACAGAUUUCCACAAAGAGAAAUGGAUUUAUGUUCACAAAGGAAGCACUAAAGAGGUGAGGAAAGGACUCUCUUUAACGUUGUCAUUCUAAACAUAAACCGUUACAGUGUACCCUGUAGCAGUAAACCAGACCUUAAUACCUGAUCAUCUGAUUAUCCCAGCGCCAUGGAUACUGCACACUGGGAGAAGCUUUCAACCGGCUGGACUUCUGCAGUGCCAUCAAGGACAGCAGGAGGUUCAACUACGUCGUACGGGUGAGUUGACUUCUCCGUACUACUACUUCUGUGUUAAAUCAUAAUGAAGGGAAUGCUAUGAGAUGGAAAAUAAUUGUAUUGUCCAGCCGAGGAUGUGAAUUGUCCUUUGGCGUCACCUUAGGAAAAUGACAAACAUCACACCAUGCAUGCAUACUAAUGUAGUGUUGAACUUUGCAACGCCAGGGUUGUGAGUUCGUUUCCCACGGGGGGCCAGUGUGAAAAAUGUAUGCACUCACUAACUGUAAGUUGCUCUGGAUAAGAGCGUCUGCUAAAUGACUAAAAUGUAAAUGUAAAAUAUUAAAGGGUGUUACCACAGAGAGUAGUGUACUGAGGGGUGUUUAAAGGGCUGUGUUAUGUUCUGGGCGUGUAGGUCUCUCUCUUCUCUUGAUUGCUUCGUCUCUCUGUGAUGUUUCUCUCUCUGCUGUUUCUCUCUCUGCUAUUUCUCUCUCUCUCUCUGCUGUUUCUCUCUCUCUCUCUCUGCUGUUUCUCUCUCUCUCUCGCUCUGUGCUGUUUCUCUCUCUCUCUCUCGCUCUGUGCUGUUUCUCUCUCUCUCUCUCUCUCUCUCUGUGCUGUUUCUCUCUCUCUCUGCUGUUUCUCUCUCUCGCUCUGUGCUGUUUCUCUCUGUGCUGUUUCUCUCUCUCUCUCUCGCUCUGUGCUGUUUCUCUCUCUCUCUCUCUCUCUCUCUCUCUCUCUCUCUCUGUGCUGUUUCUCUCUCUCUCUCUGCUGUUUCUCUCUCUCGCUCUGUGCUGUUUCUCUCUGUGCUGUUUCUCUCUCUCUCUCUCUCGCUCUGUGCUGUUUCUCUCUCUCUGCUGUUUCUCUCUAUCUCUGGGCCUUAUCACUUCUCUCCAGACAAGAGGCCCUUUGGAGAUAUUCUCUGUCUCAACUCACAGUGGACUGUGAGGGAGAGAGAGAGACUGUCAGGGAGAGAGAUACUGUGUGUGUGUUUGGUGUUCUCUCUCUGUUGAUUAACAGAGAACUAGAUUAUUCUGAAACUAGUGUGGGCAGUAAGUACAGACGAUCAGCAGAAUAAUAUCUAGGUAAUGGUAGCAGGGUCCGAUAUAUUGGUCUGGGAUGUGUUGUCCAGGUCAGUAUACUGCUGUGUCAUGGUAGUAGUGAUCAUUGGUCUGGGAUGUGUUGUCCAGGUCAGUGUACUGCUGCUGGCUGCACGGUAUUAGUGAGGUUCUCGGUUACACAGAUCAGGUUUACCACAGACUGGAAACAACAACUGCAUCCCAAAUGGCACCCUAUUCCCUAUAUAGUGCACUACGAUUGAGCAGGGCCCAUAGGGUGACACAACAACGGUCAUGGAAAAUCAGCUACAUGUUGACCUAGUAGGCAAUGCUCUCUGGGUUAGUGGAAAUAGAGUUGGACAAAGCUACGUUGACGUUUAGUUAGUGUAGAGUAGUGGCUAAAAGUACACACAAUGCCCUGACCUACAGCUGCCAUUGCUCCACACACAGAACUUGUUGGGGCUGUGAAGAGGGGGCAGAGGGAGGAGAGGGGAGGGGAGAGGGACACUCAGGCACUGAGGGGGUGGAGGGGAAAGCCUUCCGCGUGCUUCGGUUUGGCUGGCGCCUAGCCGAACUCGAUAAAAGACCUUCGCUUGAAAAAUGAGAAAAAAGGGUCCAUUUUGAGACGCUGUAGCCAUUUCCUAAAAAUAGUCAGAAUUGAAGAUAACUCAAUCAAUCUGUCAUUAAUUAUUUAUUUAGGUAUUUUACCCCCUUUUUUCUCCCCAAUUUCGAUCUUGUCUCAUCGCUGCAACUCCCCAACGGGCUCGGGAGGCGAAGGUCGAGGAAGGCGUCCUCCGAAACAUGACCCGCCAAACCGCGCUUCUUAACACCCGCCCGCUUAACCCGCAAGCGAGCCGCACCAAUGUGUCAGAGGAAACACUGUUCAACUGAUGACCGAGGACCGAGGUCAGCCUGCUGGCGCCCGCCACAAGGAGUCGCUAGAGCACGAAGAACCAAGUAAAGCCCCUCCAGCCAUACCCUCCCCUAACCCGGAUGACGCUGGGCCAAUUGUGCGCCGCCCUAUGUGUCUCUCGAUCACGGGCAGUUGUGACACAGCCUGGGAAUGAACCCAGGUCUGUAGUGACGCUUGGUGUACACUGUGUUGGACUACAGACACCCUGCCCUGGUCGUGGUGUACACUGUUGGGCUAGAGACACCCUGCCCUGGUCGUGGUGUACACUGUUGGGCUAGAGACACCCUGCCCUGGUCGUGGUGUACACUGUUGGGCUAGAGACACCCUGCCCUGGUCGUGGUGUACACUGUUGGGCUAGAGACACCCUGCCCUGGUCGUGGGGUACACUGUUGGGCUAGAGACACCCUGGCCGUGGUGUCCACUGUGUUGAGCUAGAGGCACCCUGGUCGUGGUAUACACUGUGUUGGACUAGAGACACCCUGCCCUCGUCGUGGUGUCCACUGUGUUGGACUAGAGACACCCUGCCCUGGUCGUGGUGUACACUGUGUUGGACUAGAGACACCCUGCCCUGGUCGUGGUGUCCGCUGUGUUGGACUAGAGUCACCCCUUGAACCCUCUCGCCCUUUUAUCUCUCAUCGGGGGUCUUGUGUAUCAGACACGACCUGCCCCAGCCAGGAGGAAUACUGUUCUAGUAGCUUCUUUAAAGUGACAGGGAUACUGUAGGCAUGCAAGCACACAAACACUCACACACACACGCUCUCAAACCCCUAUAGGAUUCAUGCGCAAAUGUCCCUUUCAACAAUGUGUCUGUGUAUCCAACGAGUCAUGAUGGUCUAGUGUUCUAGACAGGUGCAGAUGGUACAAACACCUCCUCCACACCUCCUCCAUUCCAACAGUCUGCUGAUAGAGACCUGGAGCCACCUCCUCCAUUCCAACACUAUGCUGAUAGAUAGAGACCUGGAGCCACCUCCUCCAUUCCAACACUAUGCUGAUAGAUAGACCUGGAGCCACCUCCUCCAUUCCAACACUAUGCUGAUAGAUAGAGACCUGGAGCCACCUCCUCCAUUCCAACACUAUGCUGAUAGAUAGAGACCUGGAGCCACCUCCUCCAUUCCAACACUAUGCUGAUAGAUAGAGACCUGGAGCCACCUCCUCCAUUCCAACACUAUGCUGAUAGAUAGAGACCUGGAGCCACCUCCUCCAUUCCAACACUAUGCUGAUAGAUAGAGACCUGGAGCCACCUCCUCCAUUCCAACACUAUGCUGAUAGAUAGAGACCUGGAGCCACCUCCUCCAUUCCAACACUAUGCUGAUAGAUAGAGACCUGGAGCCACCUCCUCCAUUCCAACACUAUGCUGAUAGAUAGAGACCUGGAGCCACCUCCUCCAUUCCAACACUAUGCUGAUAGAUAGAGACCUGGAGCCACCUCCUCCAUUCCAACACUAUGCUGAUAGAGACCUGGUGCUUGUUGUUUUGAAAUGAGGCCUGUCUGUCUGUUUGUCUGUCUGUCCACAUACAGACAGAGAAGCAUAACAAGCAGUAAGUCAUGGUGGAACAGGUUGAAUCCCAAAUGGCACCCUAUUCCCUUUGUAGUGCACUACUUUAGACCAGGACCCUGCUAUUUGUGACUCAGACAGAGAAGCAUAGCAAGCAGUAAGUAAUGGAGAAACAGAGAGUCUGUGACUCUGACAGAGAAGCAUAACAAGCAGUAAGUAAUGGAGGAACAGAGAGUCUGUGAGUCUGACAGUAGGCCUGCUGAUGUUUAUGUCUGCUCUCUCUCUCUCUCUCUCUCUCUCGCUCUCUCUCGCUCUCUCUCGCUCUCUCUCGCUCUCUCUCGCUCUCUCUCGCUCUCUCUCGCUCUCUCUCUCUCUCUAGCUGCUGGAGCUCAUUGCCAAGUCUCAGCUGCCCUCGCUCAGCGGAGUGGCUCAGAAGAAUUACAUGAACAUCCUGGAGAGAGUGGUGCAGAAAGGUGAGCUGUCUUUCUCUUCUCAUUCUGGGUUUCAAACUCAAUCUUUCUCCCCCUCUCCCUCUUUCUCUCUUCCUCUUUCUCUCUUCAUGACUUCACCUAGUUUAUUAUUGUGUACCUGCAUACUUCCUCUUAUCAUGCUCAGCAACCUCAGAGACCAGGUCUGUGGAGCACUAAUAAAAACAGGAUGUGUAAAUGUUAUCAAAACCGAUUGAACCAUGAUCUCAGUGACCAGCGUGUUUUAGUGAUAGAAGAUGUAAUGGUGAAUGACCACUACAUAAUGGUUCUCAGUGGAAAUAAUGACAGUCAGCACACAGUCCUCUGUGGUCUGAUGGUGAACUAAAUGUUCCUUCAGCUAAACAAAGGGUCCGGUUGUUUAGGAAAUGUUCUAAUCCCAUUGGUAGAUCUUGUGUGCAAAUAGCGCUGCCAAGGGGCACAGAACACCGUGUCUAUUAACUGGACUGACACAGUGUGUCCUUUUUAAAUAACACAUUCGUAAUACAAAGUUAAGAAGUACUGUUGAAGUCCACUUCCAUUGUCUUCUGAGAGUUGCUGAACAUGUUUUCUUGGCCUCUCCCUCCACAGUCCUAGACGACCAGCAGAACGUUCGUCCCAUCAAGGAGCUUCUCCAGACCCUGUAUGUGUCUCUGUGUGGCCUGGUGCAGGAUAUGGGGAAGUCUGUUCUGGUGGGGAACAUCAACUGUUGGGUCCACCGCAUGGAGAACAUCCUACAGUGGCAACAACAGCUGGACAACAUUCAGAUCAACAGGGUGAGUAAGACAGGCACAGUUAGUUAGUAAGGGUGAGCGCCACACUUUUUACAGGAUCAAAACCAAUCUGUGAAGGAAAUGAAGGAAUAUAUUAGAAUGGGGAACUCUGGUCCUGGAAUGCUGCAAAUUUGUUUUAGACCUAUGAGACCAUGUAGGUGGAAUCCAGCCAAUCACUGAUAUUGACACCCCAGGACUAGAGAUGCCUACCCCUUUAUUAGAAUGUAUAUAAGGAAUGUGAUGUUGCUGAAGGUAGAAAGGAAGUAAGCAAAAGCUUACACCCUGUGUCUGUCUCUGUGUCCCCCUCCAGCCUGUGUCUAAGGGUAUGACCCUAACAGACCUGCCUGCCAGCUUGCAGCUGAACAUCAUGGAGCAUCUGUCAGAUGGCAGGGACCUGGUCAGUCUGGGACAGGUGACUCCAGACCUGGGACAGCUCACUGAGGACAGGCUGUUGUGGAAGAGGCUCUGCCAGUACCACUUCACUGACCGACAGGUAAUGGUACAGACUAUAUAUAUAUAUAUAUAUAUAUAUAUAUAUAUAUAUAUAUAUAUAUAUAUAGUGCCUUCGUAAAAAAAAUUAAACCCAGAAAUAUCACAUUUGCAUAAGUAUUCAGACCCUUUACUCAGCACUUUGUUGAAGCACUUUGGCAGCGAUUACAGCCCUGAGUCUUCUUGGGUAUGACGCUACAAGCUUGGCACACUUGGGGAGAUUCUCCCAUUCCUCUCUGCAGAUCCUCUCAAGCUUUGUCAGGUUGGAUGGGGAGCGUCGCUGCACAGCUAUUUUCAGGUCUCUCCAGAGAUGUUUGAUCGGGUUCAAGUCCGGGCUCAGGCUGGGCCACUCAAGGACAUUUAGAGACUUGUCCCGAAGCCACUCCUGCGUUGUCUUAGCUUUGUGCUUAGGGUCGUUGUCCUGUUGGAAGGUGAACCUUUGCCCCAGUCUGAGGUCCUGAGUGCUCUGGAGCAGGUUUUCAUCAAGGAUCUCUCUGUACUUUGCUCUGUUCAUCUUUCCUUCGAUCCUGACUAGUCUCCUAGGCCCUGCCGCUGAAAAACACCCCCACAGCAUGAUGCUGCCACCACCAUGCUUCACCGUAGGGAUGGUGCCAGGUUUCCUCCAGAUGUGACACUUGGCAUUCAGGCCAAAGAGUUUAAUCUUGGUUUCAUCAGACCAGAGAAUGUUGUUUCUCAUGGUCUGAGAGUCCUUUAGGUGCCAUUUGGAAAACUCCAAGCUGGCUGUCAUGUGCCUUUUACUGAGGAGUGGUUUCCAUCUGGCCACUCUACCAUAAAGGCCUGAUUGGUGGAGUGCUGCAGAGAUGGUUGUCCUUCUGGAAGGUUCUCCCAUCUCCACAGAGGAACUCUGGAGCUCUGUCAGAGUGACCAUCAGGUUGUUGGAAACCUCCCUGACCAAGGCCCUUCUCCCCCGAUUGUUCAGUUUGGCAGGGCGGCCAGCUCUAGGAAGAGUCUUGGUGGUUCCAUUUAAGAAUGAUUGAGGCCACUGUGUUCUUGGGGACCUUCAAAGCUGCAGACAUUUUUUGGUACCCUUCCCCAGAUAUGUGCCUCGACACAAUCCUGUCUCGGAGCUCUACGGACAAUUCCUUUGACCUCAUGGCUUGGUUUUUGCUCUGACAUGCAUUGUCAACUGUGGGACCUUAUAGAGACAGGUGUGUGCCUUUCCAAUUAAUGUCCAAUCAAUUGAAUUUACCACAGGUGGACUCCAAUCAAGUUGUAGAAACAUCUCAAGGAUCAAUUUGAGUCUCAUAGCAAAGGGUAUUUUUAUACAAAUACGGUAUUUCUGUUUUUAUAAAUUAGCAAAAAAUUCUAAAAACCUGUUUUUGCUUUGUCAUUAUGGGGUAUUGUGUGUAGAUUGAUGAGGAUUUUAUUUUUGUUAAUCAAUUUUAGAAUAAGGCUGUAACGUAACAAAAUGUGGAAAAGGUUGAGGGGUCUGAAUACUUUCUGAAUGCACUGUCCCUACGCACACCAUCAUCACUUCUCUUCACAUGCAUUCAUGGACAGUUUGGGUUUUCAUGGUCUGAUGGACUAAAUGGAAGCCAGUUUUGUUUGACUGUUAUGAAGCCUAAUUGAACCCAGCACUGCACCACACAUAGUUAAGAAGCAAUCAAAACAAGCUGAAUGCAUCUCUUUUUGCAGUGCAUAUCUCAAAAUCUGCUAGCAUUUCACAAACAGGACAACAUCUCUGAUCUGAUACUCAAAAGGCCAUGGGAGUAAAACAUGAAUCAAUGUUUUAUAUGUUUGUAUAUUCUCUCUGUGCAGAUCCGUAAGCGUUUGAUGGUGUCAGACAAGGGUCAGUUGGAGUGGAAGAAGAUGUACUUUAAGCUAUGUCGCUGCUACCCUGUCAGAGAGCAAUACAGCGAAACCCUGCAGUUCUGCACACACUGCCACAUCCUCUUUUGGAAGGUAGGUCUGGGAACUCUUCUCUAUCUCUAUCUCUAUCUCUAUCUAUAACUAACACUUUCUUAUUACAUGGUAGUAAUUAGACAGAAAUACAUUUUUUGUUUCUUUAGAAUUAAUUGACUAUACUAAAUUCUCUCUGUGUGGUUUCAGGAUACGAACCACCCUUGCACAGCCAACAACACAGAGAGCUGCUGUAAGCCGGUUUCUCCACAAGGCUUUAUCAACCUCUUCAAGUUCUGA